GGAAAUCUCGCGAGAUUGAAGCGCUCUGAGAGCGCCGGUCGGAGGCGGUCAGCGAAGGUUUUCCUCCGGCCAGUGAUGGGGCUGAUCCACUGUGACCCCCUCUGUCGCCGCCGCACUGCUCUGUUCGGUUGUGCGUCUGCUCGCUGAAGAAGCUGAACGGGCGAGAGGCGUCUCUUCCCUUGGGUGCACAGGUCCCGUUGGCAGAGGCUUUGAGUCCUAAUCGCCACGGCUGACAGCUGCGAGGGAUUGAGACCGGAGUAAGUGGAAUCAGUCCAGGGACGAGAGCGGGUGUAGGGAGUCUGAAGCUUCCCUCCCCUGGCGGUGCUUUUGCUCCACCUUUUGAACUGCCGGCGGGCCGAUCCUGGGCGCGGUACUUCCUCUCGCUGUUCUCCGCUCUGAGCACCUUUCCCCGGAACCGAGGGUUUGCUGAGGACUGGGAAUGAUACAAACAGAAAGAUUUCUAAGAAAGAAGCAAAGAGUUGCAUGACUUAAAUUCGUGAAUAACUGAUCCAGUUACAUAUGCUUUCAUAUUACCUGAUUGACAAGUUGGAAUGUUCUUGGAAGAAAACACAAAAUAGAAUAGUAUUUUAACCAGUGUAUUCCCUUAGAAAUGAGUUGCACAAUUGAGAAGGCACUUGCUGAUGCUAAAGCUCUUGUGGAAAGAUUACGAGAUCACGACGAUGCAGCGGAAUCUCUGAUUGAGCAAACCACAGCUCUCAACAAGCGAGUAGAAGCUAUGAAGCAGUAUCAAGAAGAAAUUCAGGAACUUAAUGAAGUUGCAAGACAUCGGCCACGGUCCACAUUAGUUAUGGGAAUACAGCAAGAAAACAGACAAAUCAGAGAAUUGCAACAAGAAAACAAAGAACUGCGUACGUCCCUGGAAGAACAUCAGUCUGCCUUGGAACUUAUAAUGAGCAAGUAUCGAGAGCAAAUGUUUAGAUUGCUAAUGGCUAGCAAAAAAGAUGAUCCAGGUAUAAUAAUGAAGUUGAAAGAGCAGCACUCUAAGAUUGACAUGGUGCAUCGUAACCACUCCGAAGGAUUCUUCCUUGAUGCAUCUCGACACAUCCUUGAAGCACCUCAACAUGGACUGGAGAGGAGGCACUUGGAAGCAAAUCAGAAUGAAUUACAAGCACAUGUUGACCAGAUAACUGAAAUGGCAGCAGUAAUGAGGAAAGCCAUUGAAAUUGAUGAGCAGCAGGGUUGCAAGGAACAGGAACGAAUAUUUCAACUUGAACAAGAAAAUAAAGGCUUGAGAGAGAUCCUUCAAAUAACUCGAGAAUCAUUCUUGAACCUUAGGAAAGACGAUGGCUCGGAAAGUACGUCUUUGUCAGCGUUAGUGACCAGUAGUGACCUGAGUCUGAGGAAGAGCUGAAGAGCUUUUCAGUCUGUGAACUUGUUACAAGGCUCCAACCGUCACUGGGACUGGCCUAUUAAGUGAAUAAAUUAAAAGAGAAAUCCAUCUCAAGCUACCCUUGUUUUAUUUUUUUUCUAUCAUGUGUAUAGUGCACUGGCAAUGACAUUUUUAAAAGAUAGCAGCAAAAAAAUGCAUAGUUAACGGUCCUAGAAUGUUAUUCCAAAAUAUAAAUUGAAAAAUAGAAAGGAAGCCUCUGUUAAUUGGUGAACAAGUUAAAGAGUUUCACAGUGACUGCUGAACAUUGUCAAGAACUUUCAGCAGUGCUCUUGGCUUUCUGGAUGAUACUUGGAUAAGCAUGAAUAGUCCCAACACAUGUCUGGUAAUUCAUUAAAUUAUCCCAAUUUAAAAAUAUAGAUUUUUGCCACAGUAUGGUGAAUGGAAGAGCAUCAUACUUAAUUACAUCCUCCCUGUUUGGUGAAGGUUAACACAUAGCUUAUGUACCAUGAGACUUCAGCUUCAGUGAUUACCUGUUUACCUUCUCAUUAAUUUAAAUUUUUGUCAAAAAAAAAUGCAGUUUGAAAGUCUGUUAGGGAUGUUUCAUACGCAUCAUAAACAAAAGAGGUAAUUUAAUCUCAGCUAAUUUAUCAUAAUUAAUACUGAGCUAACAAUUGUCCAUGACUUGCAUAAGUGUACGAAAUAUUUCAGGAAUGAAAGAGAAGAAAUACUACUUUCUAAGAAAGUAGAUCUUAUAAGAGACAUAUUUAGUAGGUUAAACUACUUCUUUGAAGGAAUAAGUUUUGGUUCUAAAUCAGUAAUGAAAACAAGAGGGAAAAUCUCAUGCAGCUCAUUUAGCUAACAGUUGAAAUGUUUGAUAUGGUGGGCUAGGGUGAUUUCAAAGUAAGUUGGGAAUUCCUCUGCCUCAGAACCUUUUUUUUUUUUUAACAGUAAUCACUCUUAAGAGAUACAGAUGCAGUAAAUUAAAAUUAAAAAAAAUUUUUUUUCUAGAUCUAUUCUUAAGCUCCACUUGGUCCUCAGAGCCUAUGAGAUGUUUCUUGUCACCUUUCAGUCAAAGGACUGGGGGGUGGCAUAGGGGAAAUCUGUGGAUUUAUAAGUAUUUGUUUUACUUUUUACAAAAUAUAUAUCCAGUGUAUAAAUUUUUAAAAGCUGCUAGAAAUAGGAAUGUGCUUUAACAUCAACUGAAAUCUAAAUUUUUUGUAUUUUGUGGUGAUUAUAAAAGGAUGUGUCAAAUAUGAUUAAUAUACUGUACUCACUUAUACUAAAUAUAUAUUAAAAUCAGCAUGAUAGAACAUUCUACUUUUGAGUAUAUAAUUUGUUAAGGUAAUAUUCAUGUAGUAACUUUUAUGUACAAUUUCAUAUAUUGGUGAAAUUCAAAACUGCUUUUCACUUCGCAAUUUUUUAUCUUAAGUUUGGAGUAAGUGGGGUUGAUGGGACAGAUUGAACAGAAAAGGGCAAAUGGCCCAAACAUUAAAUUGAUUUCUUUUCUCAUUCAGAGGCCUUAAUUGAUAUUUUAUAAACAAGUGACAGUUUUCAUUUUUAAACUUUUCUAUUGAUUUUGGGGAAAGUAUCCUUUAAUUUGAUGGCAGAUCAUUCAUAGAGUUUUUAUCCCCAGUAAGAAUUAGAAUAAGCUACAUAAUUGAGAUUAAGUCUGAGGCAAUUCAUUGGGGCAGCUCUAUUAUAAACACUGAGAAAUAAUUAUUUUUGUAAAACAAACAAGUUGAGUUAAUUUAUUCUUGCUCUUCUUCAAUAUUUAAGAACUUGAUGUUUAAAGACAUUUACUUUGUUAUAUAGCAACAGUGUUCUAUCCUUUUUUUUUUUCAAGCAGAACCUUAAAUUUAUGUCUGAGAAUAUGUAUUGCUGGGAACCUAUUUUGUCAAUAAAGACGAAUGAUUAAAAUUGG